GCGCCGGAGCGAGCCAUGGACAGCGCGGCAGCCUUCGGCAUGGACAAGCAGUUCGGCCCCAGCCCCGGCCGGAUCCUGGAGCCGCCUGACAACCCGCAGGGCAGGAAAAACUUCAGUGUCAGCCACCUCCUGGACCUGGAGGAAGUGGCGGCCGGCAUGAACGGGGGCAAGGAGCCCGGCCCGGAGGCGAGGGACGGCGCCAAGGGGCUGCAGGAGCCGUCCGGCGGCAGCAGCGGGAGCGAGGCGGCCCCCCAGGACAGUGAGAGUCUGAGUCCGAGCCGGGGGGCUGCCAAGCGGAAGAAGAAGCAGAGGAGGAACCGCACCACAUUCAACAGCAGCCAGCUCCAGGCUCUGGAGAGAGUCUUCGAGAGGACGCAUUACCCCGAUGCUUUUGUGCGAGAGGAGCUAGCGCGGAGGGUGAACCUCAGUGAGGCCAGAGUCCAGGUGUGGUUCCAGAACCGAAGGGCCAAGUUCCGCCGCAACGAGCGGGCGAUGCUAGCCAACAGGUCCGCAUCGCUCCUCAAAUCCUAUAGCCAAGAUGCCGCCAUUGAACAGCCCAUGGCCCCCAGGCCGACUGCCUUGAGCCCAGAGUAUCUCUCCUGGACCACCACAUCCCCAUACAGCACCGUGCCAUCCUACAGCUCAAGCGGCACCGCAACACCUGCCCAGGGGGUGAACAUGGCAAACAGUAUCGCCAGCUUACGCCUCAAAGCCAAAGAGUUCAGCAUGCAUCAGAACCAGGUGCCGACUGUGAACUGACUGCCCAUCCCCAGAACCGGGACAAAAUACCAAUGUGCCUGCCCUCAGCGGGAGAGCAUCUUCCCCAUCACAAGAGGCCAGAUUGCCGCUCCUGUCCCAGUCUAAACCCAAACCCUAGUGACUCUCAACCAAUGCCGAGUGCAUCACCAGCAUCCCCUUCUCCUGGUCCCUUUUGAAAGCAGAGCAAGUCACAAUCCCCUUUGGAAAGUGGUGUGUAAUUGUAGCCACAGACGGAGUGAACUUGGUAAGAAAGUUGCUUUCCCCACACACUCUAUAAUAAAAUAUACAUAUAUAUAUAUAUAUAUAUAUACACACACACACACGUCAAGGAUAAACAGACUUGCCAAGUUAACAUGAAUAUGAUUCCGAACAGGGAAGAAUCUUGGACUACAGGAUUUGACCAAUUUGAAUAUCUCAGCUGGACAGCCAAAGAGCAACUGAGUAUCCUCCUAGGCUGGGGACCCUGGUCUUCGUUGGGAGGAUCACUACAUUGUAUUAUGUCCAUUAUAUCGUCCCUUUUUCUUUGGUUGUCACUCAAACUUGACUGGUCAGCCGUUGCGUUUGUAGCCGACUCACAUUAUAUGACAGCAUUUCCAAGGCUGACAAAUUUGCUCAUAUAUUUUUAUGUCACCAGACUGCAAUGCUUGAGAGAGAAAGACUUUUGCAAGCGGGACUGCCCACCCCUGCUGUAUAUAUUCAUUACCCUAACCCUGCAUUGUGCUUUGUACAUUUAGAAGUAGCCAGCUGCCCAUGCCAAUGUAAGAUAUAUGCUACCAACUUUUUUUUUUUUUAACCAUUAGUCAAAGGCGAAGAUGAUGGUUUGAGUGCCCAGGAGAACUCACUCCAGCUAGCUGAUGGGACUUUGCAGCUGUCCAAAAGUUAAUGUUUGCUCUGCACUUUGUGGUUAAGUCAAUGAAUUCACAAGCAAGUCUGAAGGGGCUUGGGUCAUUGAACUGUCCUGGGGGAAAAGAAAGUCUGUGGACUUUAGCUGAGUGCAUCGUUGUCCAAGCUCUAUGCAAAUGGCCAGGCAGGCUGCCUCCUUCGGAAACACUGCCUCUCUUACGGAACUGCGUCCCCUGGAUGUGGUUGAUGGCCUGGGCUUGUAAAUUAGAUGCCUUCCGCAGCAAGUGGCUGGCUUUCCCCAUCACCCCACCUCUUAGCAAUCUCUUCCCUGAUGAACAGCUGAAAAUCAAAAGCAGGGCUUUCAGUUACAAUGCAAGAUGUGAACAAGCAGAACCUCAGCUGGAGGCCUCAGGGGUCUUGUUCAGCCAGGGCCUUCUCUGAGCUUUUUAUGGUGGGGCUUUAAUGAAUGGGACUAGAGUAGGGGGCUGGACAGACAGCUCCCCUUAAUGUAAGCACAAGUACAGGUAUAGCAUGGGCAGUACAGGUUUCCCUUGGUACUGCUACACCACUGAGCCUCAACCCUGCUCUCCUGGGGCUCCCAGCCAAGGAGGAGAAGGGAGCUCAGUUUCCAGGCUCCAUUCAACCCUGGCUCUCUGCAGAGCCUGUGAACAAUAGGAGCGAAUAGUGGCGGGCGUGGUGCUGGUUUUAUGAUGUGGACAAAGUAUCCACUGCAAACUGGGCUGAAACUGUGCCUUAGAAGUAAAAGGGAUCCUCUCCCGGUCCCAAUCCCCCAGCCCAUUCAGUCCCCCUCUCUUUAAGGCCUUUGUCACCUUCCCUCGCAGUAGUCACAGAUGCUGACCAGGCUCCAGGACAAAGGCACCUGUGGAGUUUCUGAGGGGAUGGCCUAUGUCGUCCAUAAAGAUAACCUACUUCCUCCCGCACUGACUGCUUCCCUUGGGAGCAGCCUUUUCUGGAAUGGGUCUUUGGCUGCAGCCUGAUAUGGUAGCUGGCAGCAGGACUCAUGCACGGGACCAUCUGCUUCAAAAGACACAAGUCUCUAGAGCCUGAGCUAAGGGCAAGUCCCCCCGAGCUAGGCAGCAGCAGGGUUUGUAUCGGCUGUAGCCAUGAUAGGAGCAGAUCCUACUUUCCACCCAGUAGAGCGAAGCAAUGCUCUAGCCACUGGGGGACCCUUAGCUGCGGCUAUCAAGGUCCGGGAAGACCCAGGCCUCUGGGCGGCACCAGCAGGGCCACACCUGGCCUGGGGAGUCCAGUGUGGAGGAUCCUGCCCGACGUACCUUCCCAGCUGCUUCCCGACAGAUGAAAGAUGUUUCCAAAAUCAAGGUGGUGACACUUUGUGUGUGUUUAGCUUAACCGGAUAGGGAGUGCAAACUUCUUAAAGAAACCAGCACAGCCAAUCCCAAGAUCAUGGUCAGGCAAUAGCACCCACCCCCUUGGAACAGUGCCCGGGCCCGAGAUGUUCACAGCCCUGCUUGCUAUGGAUGUGAAUCACAGCACCAGGGGACAGCUCUGAAGCUGUUGCCCUGGCCGCUCCAGCCCCCACCCCCACGCUGGUGAUUCUGUACUUAAAUCCCAACACUCAAUUCAUGUGCUGUGGUACCGGAGCCCCUCACAAUCUCGACUCCAUUUACCCUUCCGACACCCCUGGGAGCUAGGGAAGUGCUAUCCUCUCCAUUGAAAUGAUGGGAGCAGAGAUACGGGAGGGGGAUGGCUUCGGGGGUACCAGUGUAGUUAAAGCAGGAGCUUUUUUGUCUGUAGACAAGCCGGUCACGCAGGAAGUCUGCGGCGCAGCAGUGAAGUGAAUCUUGGUCCCCUAAGUCUUCAGGCUGGCACCCCAACCCCUGAACCACCCUCUUUUAAAAAGCAAUUCCAGAUUUUCCAAACUGGGCCCUGAACGCUUUGAAAGUAUGGCCCCCGCUGUGGGUGAUGGGCAUAGACAAUCUGGUCCUGAUCUCCUAGGAAAAAAUCUGUCUCCAUGAGACCAAAUAUACUUGUCAGAUCAGGUACCCCACCGAUUACCCCCCCCCACACACACACACACAUUGCUGUGACUGUAGGGGGCCCUAUCUUAAGGGAAGCCUCUUGGCCAGCAAGCACCUGCCAGCAUCCUGUUUAACGAAGCAUCUUGAAGGUCAUCUAAUGAGUGCACAGUUUCAAACACUCGGCGAGAGAUCAUUUCAAGCACAUAGAGAACGGUUGUGACACUUCAUGCAAAGGGUUGAGGCUCAUUAGCAGGAGCCAAGAGUGCAGAAAACCUUUCCCCGGGAAGGAGCGUGAGCGCAGGCAGAAGGGCCCGAGGCAGGAAAGAGAGACCAUGGGCUUGAGCGAAGCUCUGGCUGCACCGAUUUCAGUUUAACACCGGGUGGCACUAGCACUGCACCAAACGGCCCGGGAUAACCACGCAGGGCAGAAAUGUUCUAUUCCCCCUAGCGAGAAAAGCCACCAAACAGCGAAUUCCACAUUUCCAGCCCCAGUGUUUGUUUGGUGCAAAAUAAAGAUCUCCAAGCAGCGCGGGAUGGAGGUAGCCUUUGAAAGCCAAGACAUGCAGCCAUGGGUUCACUGAAGAUAGAACUCCCACCAUGAGAAACUUUGCUUGGGGGUGGGAAGAGGGAAAAUCUUGGAGCUUUUAUUCCCAUGGAAAACGUGGGGCUCUUUCCUGUUGUAUAAGACGAAACCGCAGAGAUACAAAUGUCACUCCCUUUUUGAGAGCAUUCAUGAAAAUAAACUGGUUUAAUAGUUUGCAGAUGCUGUUUCUCUAAAGGUUAAAAAAAAGGAAUAAAUAUUUCUUUGCACAAUCUCGAUUAGAAAACAUUUGCUCUUAAUUUUACAGCUAUCUUGGCAGCCUCCUCCAAAUUUGUCAGCUGACAUUAAAGCAUUACUGAGACAAGAUACAAAUUGCCCCAGUGGAGUGAUAUCAAGAACUAGGGAUUGUCCUAAUCUAAGCUUGCUCUCUUCCUUUUAAUUUGUACAUUUCAA